GUUUGUUUGUUUUUAAUGACUAUUUCGCAUUGCUAUUAAUCUGAUUUUUUUUAAAUUAUCAGAAGUGGCAGAAGUGGAAGUGACCAGUAAGGCAAAAUGGCAGAGGCUGCUUUUCCUUGUAAGCCAAGGAUGGGAAGAUUAUGCACCUGUGUCGUAGGUGAUACUUUCAAUUCUGAUAAGGACUUGGUAAGACAACUCACUGGCCGAGGAGACUGUACUGAAGUGUCACUAGUGGAGAGUGAUGUCAUCAUAAUGAUCUGUCCUAUGUUCGGUAACUUUGGAGCUCUGGACCUUGAUAUACAACUGGAGGUGGUCUCAGAAUACCUAGCUGGUAGACCUGUUGUUCUGGUGGUGCUGCAUCAUGACACUUUUGACCCAGACUCCACUAUACCUGACAGCAGCAGACUAGUGACCAGGGGCGAGGUAAUACUCACAGUGGACUGUCUGUUUAAUCACAGAGGACUGCUGGACUGUCCUCGCAAUAAAGAAGCAGUCGAUAUGAUUCUGAAGAGGCUAAACGUCCAACCAAAGCAGGAAUUCACAGAAGGUAAGCCAAGGAUGGGAAGAUUAUGCACCUGUGUCGUAGGGGAUACUUUCAAUUCUGAUAAGGACUUGGUAAGACAACUCACUGGCCGAGGAGACUGUACUGAAGUGUCACUAGUGGAGAGUGAUGUCAUCAUAAUGAUCUGUCCUAUGUUCGGUAACUUUGGAAUUCUGGACCUUGAUAUACAACUGGAGGUGGUCUCAGAAUACCUAGCUGGUAGACCUGUUGUUCUGGUGGUGCUGCAUGACACUUUUGACCCAGACUCCACUAUACCUGACAGCAGCAGACUAGUGACCAGGGGCGAGAUCCCUUCACCAACCCCAUGGUAGGACCCUGGUAACAAUCACACACAAAAAUGAUUCAAGGACCAUUCAGGGUCCACUCACUCAGGCCUAUCCACAAGCUCUCAAGGUCCUAUACUAUUUCCUCCUACAACACCCCGAUGAGAAGCAAAAAGCCUGGUACAAUGACUGGCCUGGCACCCCUGGCCUGUGGGAGAGAGUUGGCACAGAACUCAUCAGUGCCUAAAGUGCCCAGCAGAGGGUCCACCAGAAACCCUGGGGGCAGCCCUGGCAGUGAUGAAGGAUCUCCUACCUUGACAUUUUUCGAAACCAUUUUUCCAGUGUUUAAGGUUUCUGAAAAGUUAAGCACACAAUAUGCUACAGUUCUACAGCUACAGUAGAUUACAAAAUGUGUUUGACAGUAGUCAACAUGCUCCAUUAAGAUGCAUUGUCACAGCUCAGUGAUAUCACUUGCAGAUGUUUGUAGAUCAACCAGUGUCCUGUUUAUUUUUUUCAUUGAGUUUAGAAACACAAUUAUACAUGUCAUUCAGUUGUAGCUUGUUAGCUCUGAUAAAGACUUACUCAUGUACAUGUUCAUGUAUGUGUCUAAUAACCCCUUAUUACAUAUCACAGUGGACUCAGGUUAAUAGAGAGUAUAAAAGCUUUGAAACAAUUGCAGCAAAACCUAACCUAGACUAAUUUACUGGCUAGUUUUUCACUCAGCUUUGUUUGACAGUUCAGUCUGUCACCACUAUAGGCCAUAUCAAGACGUAUUGUCAUAGCAUUGAUAUCACUCGUAGAUAGGUGUAGAAUGGCGCAUU